UUGUUUGCACUACCAGUUGCUAGGGGGCACUGUGAUUUACAUGGCUAACCGGUUUUGAAGCAGCUUCGGCCCUUCUUGACGUACUUCCGGUGCUCCAGUCACCUCGCUCCCUCCCGAUGCUACCCGGUCGGGCUUGGCUGUCGGAGCGUAAUGGCGGUGCACCGGGGUCCCUCAACGAAAUGGCUUUUCACCCGGGAGCAGCUGGAAAACACGCCGUCUCGACGCAUCGGGAUCGAGGCUGACAGAGAGCUUUCUUACCGACAACAAGCCGCCAACUUAAUCCAAGACAUCGGCCAGAGGCUCAACGUCUCUCAACUGAUCAUCAACACCGCUAUAGUAUACAUGCACAGAUUCUAUAUGAUCCACUCUUUCACCAGAUUCCAUAGAAAUAUUAUCGCCCAGACAACAUUGUUCUUGGCCGCCAAAGUUGAGGAGCAGCCCAGGAAGCUGGAGCAUGUCAUUAAAAUAGCUCACGCCUGCAUCAACCCCCAAGAGCCUGCCCUAGACACUAAGAGCAAUGCAUUCCAACAGCAGUCCCAAGAGCUUGUAUCACUGGAAACCAUUGUACUGCAAACGCUGGGUUUUGAAAUUACAAUAGAUCAUCCACACACAGAUGUUGUGAGGUGUUCCCAGCUUGUACGAGCAAGCAAGGAUUUGGCACAGACUUCCUAUUUCAUGGCUACCAACAGGUUAUUAUCCUGUUCCCAUUAUUGCACUGUUAACGGCACUCUCUAGCUUCCUGUUCUGCAGGACGCCCCUUCAUGUGUCCAACACCCUGUGUGCAGAAGCGGCCAGGCUCCUGUGUGCUGUGUCUUGUACAAGGGCUUUGGCACAGGGGGGUUGAAUGCACAGCAUGGGAUGUAGUGGUGCCCUUUACCUCUCACGGUCGUUUGGUACAGAGUGCAUAGGCCUAAAACACUCCAAUGGUAGCCUGAGUAGAAAAUGUCAUUCAUGUGUUUAGCCCUCGUCUUAUUGGGCCAUUUUUCACCCCCAAAUGAGGGAACCUUUACCCACCAAACUGUACUGCAAACUGAAUGCGGCUUCUUGAGUGUGCAUGAAGUUCUUGCAAGCAAUACGGUGUACUUUGACUGUGUGAUUUAUUUGCAAGUUGACUGGAACAUUUUAUGGUGCACACAUUCAUGUAAGUUAACUCUAAUAUUCUUAAAAUUCUCUUUGUAGGAAGUCGUGCCAACAGUCUGCCAGUAUCUUCAGUGUUUAGUCACUAAGGAUGCGUUCAUUGUAGGCAAUGUGUGCCACAAUUGACGCCUAAAAUCCGGGAUUUGUACUGUGUUGAAGCAUGCACCUGCAGCCCACCUCUUGAAUCAAGAGUGUUCCUCCUGCCAGUACUUGGUGGUAACCACCACUUUGCAUAGUAGAGCUAACCAUGCCAUUAAUGGCGCACACAAACAUGUCAAAGAAUUGGUGUGUACUUGGUUGUGUGCAGAGUUCGAAGCUGCUGCAAAUGCUUGAAUGAUAGUAUCAACAGGUCAUGGUACGCUUUGCUGUUACUUUGGUUGGAAGUGCAUGAAAGAGGCUCGCAACACUCAUUCAGAAUCGUGACCCCAUACCAUGUCUAGUCUGACAGCCGACGGUCACACUCCUUACGUAUUUGACUCAUAGGAAGUCCAGUUUGCAGUGGAGUUUGGGAGGGCGGAUGAAGGAAUGAUCCUUUAGAAGGCUUCAUUCGUGUUCUGUGUUUGUUUCUGACAAAUAACGAGGUUGAGAAAGACGAUUUUUAAUGUCGAGGUGCUUCCCCCACCUUUUUAAAGUUGUAAGUUAUUUACUGAGCACACGUCCUAGUGGCACGUAGGAGCACAAUUAGUGUACCAGCCGAAUGAGGUGAGGGCUUGUGUACGUGAUGUAGAGCUGCUAGCUCUGUAAUGAAGCUGAAGCCUUGUUUCCACCAAACAGUUCAGUUCACUUUUGUACGCAUUCGAGUUCCAAAAGGUCCCAAAAUAUGCGACCUGCCCCGACACACUUCCACAUGCAUGUGUUGCUGGGGUAUACAGUUGUCUCUGGUUUAUCACGGUUAAUUGGUUCCAGACCUGACCACCAUAAGUGCGAGGUGGAUUCAAUAUUAAUAAAUGGAAUAUUUUUGUAGUUAAGCUAGAGAAACCCUGUUUACAAUCUUCUAAAUCGUUUUUAACAUUAUUAGAGCCCUCUAGACAUGACACGACAACCUUUACCCAAUAUAGUAGAUAUAAUCAGAGAAAAUGAGACAUAAAUAAGAUAAUAGACUCACACAUUAGCAGUUCCUUGUUUGUUUUUGUUUUUCUGGACAGUGUCGUUCUUGCGGUGGCUAUUGCGGUGGUCUCAUCAAUGUAUUGUAAUGGCGGCUAUAAAUGGCUUUACACUCGUAUCACCCAACACAGUAGACAUAAUAAAAGUAAAUAAGCCAUUUAAGACACACGUAAAGCCCCUGUUUGUGUUUGUCACAGUAAAUGUGUUCCCUACGGGACCUUAGUGAUGCCUAGACAGAUGUGUGGAGGACAGAAAGUGACGUUGAGGUACAAAGUUGAGUUUUUAGCUUGUUGUGGGUUAUGGCCCCAACCGUGGCCUGUCUUAUUAUUAUGAUUAUUGUUAUUAUUAUUGUGCCUGGUGUGAGAUAAUUUCAACCUACAAUAAAUGCCUGUUCUGGCGAUCACUUCUGGUCCCUCUCUCAGCAAUUACUGACACCCAGUGGCCAAAGCGGAACACUACAUCCAGUGCCAGGCUGCACUAAUAUGCUGUAUAUUUGGAUUGAAGUAUUCCUCUUUAGAGCAUUACUCGCUCAACGUCAUGUUAAAGGAAAACUGCACAUCAUCCACAAUCCUUAUGUGAGAUACGAACACACGUCUCUUUUCUGUGCGUUGUAACAUAAAACACAUAUAAAAACAAAAAAAAAGCUAUGAAAACAUAAAAACAGACAGACAGACACACUUAUGGCAGCGCCUACAAAGACCGCUAUUAAAACACCUCCAAGAAGGUUUUAUGGGUUUCUAUCCAUGCUGUGACCACGCAGUAACAGGCACAUUCAUGAUAACAUGUAAUACUUACAGUAUUACUUCCUGUGCACAGUGAUUUCACAUAGCAACAUAGAAACGAACGCCUACACCUACCAUGAACUUUUCCUAACUCAAAAAUAAAAACACAGCAGCAGCAGUGGUGGUGGCCCCGAUAUGUAGCUUUACCUUAUUGGUAAUGUGUUGUGGCAAAGUGUCAAUGCGGCAGUAACGUGGUUUGAUCUGCGUUACAAUGUCAAUAAUAAUAACAGUGUUGCUAAAGCUUGGUUAAUAUGCACGUCACGUUGCUGGCUCAUUUUGGAGUCUUUUUCAGAAGGCUUUAUAGGUGUUUCCCAUUACGUGCAGUAAUGAACUGUCUCUUUUUAUCUGUUUUUAUAUCUUUUAAAGACAUGUGUUCAUGUCUCACAUAAGGAUUGUGGAUGAUGGGCAAAUUAUUAUUAUUAUUUAAAGAAGUGCAGUUUUCCGUUAAGUUUGAGCAGCAGUUGGCUUUCAAAGUCAGUAGAGUUGAGCCUUGAUGGCAUUGCAGUGAACAGCAGUCGAGCACAUCUGACGAGACGCUCACGGCAGCUGAGGUUGGCAGGCCCGUGUUGGCAUGAUGUUCACCCCAAAACAGCUCAACCAGGACAUGAACAUUAACACAAAUAUUGAUCAUGACGUGACUACUUGAAGUCAUAUCCCUAUGGUAUCCUGCCGACUUGCUCGUGCUAACAGUAGCAGUGUCAUGCACCGAUGUCUUUUUGGUCAAUUAGUGCACGGUGCCUUACUAAACUAUGAAAACGUGACCAUUGCAAGCACACAAGUGGGAUCAACAAGCUUACCUCUACAUGUUUGCCAGGUUUGAUGUGGGAUUUUUAUACGCUGCUUGUUCGGUGAAUACAAACGUGGCACAAAACUGGUCUCUUAAAUGUGUCUGCAGUUUCGCUUCUGCAGAAUUCGACGGGUUUCGUGUUUAGAUGGGUCGUCACUGCUGGUGUCUGACACGUCGGUCUCCAUCUUUAAUAUCAUUUUAGCGCCAGCCAGGUUCUCCUACUCAUCAUUCACGGCAGGUGAUAUGUUUUCGCAUCAUUUUCCCCUGAUACCUUUUUAUAUUUUAUUUGUUUUUUACCCAGUCAUGGAUGUGAUGUAGAAUGUAGAAAAGUACAAUACUUUUAACCAGGGGUGUCCAAAGUGUGUCCUAGGUGCCAUUUGCGGCCCUAAAUGGUAUUUAACAAAAAAACUAAAGAAUGACGUCAAAAUAUUAACAGGAAAAUGUUGUAAUCUAAUGAGAAAGUCGUAAUUUUAUGAGAAUUACCUAAUAUGAGGAAGUGUCAUUUCAGCUGAAUGUCAUAAUGUCAUUUUAGUAGCAUAGACUUGAAAUACUUUUUUUUUUUUUUUUUUUUUACGGUUGGAAUAUGAGAAACAAAACAUAAAAGUUGUAAAAUGAGGUUGGGGGUAAAGUUAUAUUAUUAGGGGGAUAAAUUCAUACUAUUAUAGGAACAAAGUCAUAAUAUUACGAGAAGAACAUUUACAAAAAUUGAGAAGAUUUAUUUUAAACAGCAAAUAUGUGCAAAAUGGAGCAAACUAAAUGCACUUUUUCACCCGUAUCGCAAAGCUGAGAUGAUGUUUUCUUAUAACUUUGUUACAAAAUAUCAACGUGGCCCAUGCUUCCAUAGAAAAAGUUUGGACACCCCUGCUUUAAAUGAAACAAAAGUAAAAGUGAGAUUACAAACAUCUCCUCAUAAAAGUACAAGUACAUAAAACUACUCUAAGUUACAGUAACGUGAGUAAAUGUGAUUUGUUACUUUCCACAUCUGAUAAAUACAUAUUUGAAAAAAACAAACGUGUAAAUGAUGAGUUACUUUUAUCUUCAUUGAAGACGUUCUUGUUGCCCAGACACGAUGCGGCAGUUUGAUCAACACGAACACGAGUGUUUCUCACCUCAAGUCUCUGCUUUUCUUUUGAUCACGGCUGCAAAAUAAUCCAAAAUGGAGCCAAAGAGUUGUAAGUGCCAGCAUUUUAACAAGAAGGCGAGAAACACGAUUGAAUUCAAGGAAUAACUCCCAGAAAGACACAAAGCCGGCGUCCAUGUUGAUCUCGCUGCCAACAAAACAAGUUUUCCAUGAAGGUAAAAGUAACCUUGAUGUUCAUUUGUCCACUAACUGUUCAAAGCACUAGAGUUGACCGCUGAUGACAUCACAGACAGGCGACGCAGCUGACUCACAGUUCCUGUUUCCAUGUAGUAGCUGCUAACACGGACGUUUUGUGGUUAAAAAACAAAAACCCCCAUUAAGAACAUUAACUCAUUCAAUCCCAGCCAAGACAACCCCUCAGUACCGGCCAUCUAGACCAUCUAGACUCAUCUUUCAGGGUACGCAGAAUGUUGUGUUCUAAGGCUGUACAACGUUGGAACCCACCAAAAGAAACAUUGGACUCUCUUCUUCCAUCAGGAAAAAAAAAAGUUUGUUUCUACCUUUUUCCGUUCUUUAGCAAUCAUCAGUAGAACAUUGGUACAUUUCAGGAAAAUAUCAGUUCCCAACAAGAAAGGGUAGGAAAACAGCUUUUUGUGAAGAUACAUUUCAAGCAUAACUUUCACUUUGACACAUUUUUUGCUUUUGUGAGAGUUUAAAUAUCUGAACAACUAUACCACAACAUAAACAAUAAAAAAGGGGUUGCUUUACGUCAAAAUAAUUUAUUUGCAAAUGUAACACCAUGAACUAUUUAAAUGUUCACAUUUGGAACUAAACUGGGAAUAUGCAUCCGUUUUAAAAUUUCCCUACAAUGCGUGAUACGCUCCUCCACGCGCUUCCACUUCCUCCUUGUUGUCGAGUGUGUUAGUACGGGCGAACGAUCCAUCCUGAGCUCUUAUCGAAUGCACGACAACCACCUUGCAUCACCAUCACCUCUUUUUGCUUCUCGCUCAAAAAAACAUAAAAGACGUAUAAAUACGUCUUUGGUAUUGAAUGAGUUAAUAACGAGACAAGACGUGCACCAUAUUGCACGCUGACCGGAAAGUGUACGCAAACCGAGGCUAAAUCUUGGCAUACAUUUUCAACGUUAGCUAACAGGGACGUACGCCAGCUGAGGUUCCACUGUAGAAGUUUGUCGCGCUGCUCUGAAGCCAGAUUAGGGGUUUACCGUGAGCUGAGGAGUGCUGCUUGGUGGAAACGUAGCAUCAAUCUUGUGCUUCGAUCCAUGUUGUUCUGAUGUUCUUUAUGAAAAGCGGCGGGCCGAUGUUCAUCUUUUGUCCCGUUGUUCUCGUCUUCCCCGACAGUUUGCACCUCACCACGUUCUGCCUGCAGUACCGGCCCACAGUGGUCGCCUGCGUCUGCAUCCACUUAGCGUGCAAGUGGUCCAACUGGGAAAUUCCCGUGUCGACCGAC